GUUCUCGCAAACCAAGCCAUGUAAUCAUCUCCCUCUCUCUCUCGCUCGCACAUAUACCCCCACACACCCCCACAUACACACAAACGCACAGACAUGAAUACGUACGAAAUGCUGGGCUCAAGAUAUGUAAGUCAUCAAAGAAAGAAAUCCAUGUUGUGGGGAUGCUCUCUGUCCCUGUUGGUUGUUGCAAUUGUUGCAUUUUCUUGUGUAACCAUUAUUAGAUCCUCAGGAGGAGAAGGAGGAGUCGUCCAGCCAAAACCCACAAAACCUCGUACCUCCGUAGUCUCUCGAGCCGUUGUCUCUACUUGCAAAGACACACUUUACCGAGAGCUUUGCGAGUCAUCGCUUCGUCUCUCGUCCACGGAUGCUCCCCCAAAAACUUCAGGGGAGGUGUUUGACCUCUCAGUCAAGUUGGCCAUCAGCCAAGCUGAGUCAGCUCGGUCGCUAGCAUUCAGCCUCAGUCUUGUGCGUCAAAAACAAGGGACCACCCAUCAUUAUUCCAUCACCGCCAUGGACGACUGCAUCGAGCUACUCGACGAUAGCCUAGACCACCUCAACAAUGUCCUGGACCCCAAGAAGAACCCGAGCCCAAACGACAUACAGACAUGGUUAAGUGCAGCCCUCACAAAUCAAGACACUUGUCUGGAGAGCCUCCAGAAUUACAAGUUUUCAACCGAAAAGGACAUGAUGGAUGGGCAUGCAAAAAACCUGUCUCAAUUGAUUAGUAACUCCCUAGCGUUGUACAAAACAACGAAGAGGAUAAAAGACGCGAAAAUUCCCAAUCUCGGCGGUGGUGGUGGUGGUGGUGGCCGAAGAUUGUUAACCGGUGAUGAUAAGUUUCCGGCAUGGCUGUCCAAAGGAGAACGAAAGCUUCUAGAAACAUCAAUCAAGGACAUAGAAGCUAACGCGGUGGUAGCCCAGGACGGAAGUGGGACGCACACGACCAUUGCAGAGGCAAUUGCCUCGGUAUCCCUGGUAGGUGGUGGCGGUGGGAGGACCGUAAUUCACCUCAAAGCGGGGACUUAUAAUGAGAAUAUAAACAUUCCCACCAAACAGAAAAACGUUAUGUUGGUGGGAGAUGGGAAGGGCGUCACUGUUAUCGUUGGAAGCAAAAAUGCUGAACAAGGCUCCACAACCUUCCGCUCUGCUACCGUCGCUGCAAUGGGCGAAGGAUUUAUUGCCCGAGACAUAACUUUCGUAAACAACGCGGGUCCUGCCAAACAUCAAGCAGUUGCCCUUCGAGUGGGAGCGGACAAGUCGGUGAUAUAUCGGUGCUCCAUAGUUGGGUACCAAGACACCCUCUACACUCACUCAAACCGCCAGUUCUACCGAGACACCGACAUCUAUGGCACCGUUGAUUUCAUAUUUGGGAACUCGGCAGUUGUGUUUCAGAACUGCAACAUAUUCGUGAGGAAGGGCAUGUCAAGUCAGAAAAGCUUUGUGACAGCCCAGGGGAGAAAAGAUCCAAAUCAAAACACCGGCAUCUCAAUCCACAACUGUAAGAUCGUAGCGGCAUCUGAUGCCAAGGGUCAGCAGUCGACGUACUUGGGAAGACCAUGGCAGCGUUACUCCAGGACGGUGAUUAUGCAAUCCUACUUGGAUGAUUGCAUCCACCCGGCAGGAUGGUUUCCCUGGUCUGGCAGCUUCGCCCUUUCUACACUUUAUUAUGGGGAAUACAUGAACUCGGGUCCUGGUUCCUCCACAUCUGGUCGCGUCAGCUGGUCUGGCUACCACCCCUCCCUUGCAACUGCCGAGGCCACAAAGUUCACUGUUACCAAUUUUAUUGCGGGGAACCUUUGGCUGCCAUCCACUGGGGUCGCAUUUGAUUCAGGCCUUCAUGGAUAAAAUUAAUUAAUAUCGUAUUUGUAAUUUGUAUGGUCUCUAGAUCCUCUCUACUUCUACGGCUCUACGCUAUCUACCAUACCGUAAUUAUAAGCCUGCUUAAUUAUGUGAUUUCAUUUGGAAAUGUACAGUUGUCCGAAAUGGACAACUUUCUUUUAAUUCUCUGUGUGUCUAUGUAUGUAAUUAAAAUUUUCUUUCUACA